UAACAGACCUCAACACCCUGAAUGAGUCGUUGGUGAUGGGUAACUCCUCCUCAGCUGUACUCUUAAGGGAUACGUUAACUACUGCCGUCGCCAAGAAUGUCAUCGUCGUAGCCCUCUGCAUCUCCAUCAACUACAUCAACGGCACCCUGGUCCAUACCUUCUCCAAACACGAGAUCUUUAGGAUGAACCCUCGAUACAACCUUUUCAUCCACCUGGUUCUCAACGACAUGAUCCAGCUGUCGUUGUCUGGGCUUCUGCACGUAAUCAGCUACAUGUUCUACACCAUCAACGUUUCUUUCUGCUGCCUCCUGCUGGUCAUCACCAUCUGCACUACCCUCAACACCCCCCUCAACCUGGCCUGUAUGACAGUGGAGUGCUAUGUAGCUGUGUGCUUCCCUAUGCGUUACCCACAGAUUUGCACUGUGAAGAGAACCUACAUCCUGAUAGGUUUGAUUUGGGGGGCGAGUGCCAUCUCCAUCCUACCCGACAUCUUCCUGCUCGUGAUCAUGAAGCCUCCAAGCUUCUUUCAUACCAGGGUGUUCUGCACCCGGGACAUGGUCUUCAGAGGGGGCAUCCAGAAGAGGAACACCUCCCACAUCAUCUGUCUAGUUGUGGUCUGGCUUACCUUGUUCUUCACCUAUUUCAAUGUUCUGUUUGCGGCCAAGGCGGCCAACAGAGAUGUGAAGAAGGCGAGGAACACUCUGCUUCUGCAUGGCUUCCAGCUCCUGCUCUGCAUGAUGACUUACAUAGUGCCCAUGUUUAAGACGGCCCUAUUUUACCUUUUCCCCCAGCAAAAACUUGCCGUUGUCUUUACCUUCCACGUCUUUGUUCAGAUCAUGCCACGUUUCCUAAGCCCCAUCAUUUAUGGAGUAAGAGAUAAAACGUUCCGGAAUUAUCUCAAGAGAUACCUGAUGUGUAAAGUAAGCAAAAACAAACAAAACGUCAUAGCAAUCACAUAG